AACUACAUUUUCUUCAAAUUAAUGUCUUGCAAGAUGUCGCCUACCGUUAAAGUGCCAAUCAAAGAAAAUGGAAAAAAAAGAUUUUACAAACCCAGCAUUGUGGAGUCGCAGAAUUCAUUUAUUUUACACGUUACGAACCAGAGUGAAAUCAAAAAUAAACUGGAGCAAUACCAGAAAAUGCAUCUAUCCAGAGGAACCACCUUCCAACCGCUGGUGAUUGCCGUCGGACCAACGAGCAAGGACUUAAAGGAUUUUUACGUAGCGGUUGAGUCAGUUCUCUACAAGGUAGAUCAACUGCUAAAAGCUGUCGACGUGUGUUUCAAAGUAAUUCACGUAACCAACGUUCAAUACCCGCUAGAAUGUUUAAGUGUAUGGUCAUUUAUCCAAAAAUAUUUUUAUAACUUGCACAACAAAAAGGACAAGAAAAUUUCCUCUGUCUAUUGCUUUAUAUCAGAUCUGACUGACUAAUUAAUUGAGCAUCUUUCAAGGACUUAAGAAUUUUUGUGUUUUGACUAUAGGGAUAAUAGUUAGUAACAAUGUUUAUUUGCUUCAUGUGUUCGAUCGAAACAGCAAACCAUCAAGAUCUUAUUCAUCAUUACAAAACUAGUCACAAUCUCGGUCAUAACUCGAUUUAUCGAUGUGCACAAUCGAAUUGUUUCAGAGCAUUUCAAAGUUUGCGUUCCUUUCGUCGUCAUAUAGUUAGUCAUAAUGUCUCGGACCGGAAUAUAUAUUCAGAAUUAGCCCCGUCGCUUAAUUUUAACACUGAUAACAUGAUCGAAAAUUACAAUAAUUUAGACAUAACAGAUAAUACUCAGGAUACAUGUAAUGUUAAUGCAUGCUGUAGUAAUCUGCAACCCACAUCUGAAAGUUUCAGUAAGAAAAAUGAAAAUGUACGGAAGUCUACUGCAGCAUUUGCAUUAUCGUUGUAUAGCAAUCCUUAUUUAAAUCGUAAAUGCGCUAUGAAAAUAAUUGACGAUGUUUCAGAACUAGUAACUGGUGUUAUUGGAACUAUGUUGUCUGAACUCUCACCUAAUGACGAUACACCGAAUAAAAACAUAGUUGAAGCAAUUUCCCAUUCUUUCGACGGUUUGGAUACUGAAAGUCAAGUAAUUAAAUAUUUUUCUGACCGUAAUAUUUACACACCCCCAAAAAAAUUUACAAUUAAUGAAAAUGUUACUGUAAAUACAGGAAAUUCUACGGUAAUGCUAAGACCUAUGUCGGAAACUGGAGCGAUAGUACCUUUAAGAGCAGUUUUAAAACAAAUAUUUGAACUACCCAACUUUCUAAAAUGCAGCACUAGUAUUCCUGAUGUUCAAUCUAUAUCAAAUUUUACACAAGGUAAUAUGUGGAAGCAAAAAUUGGUCGGAAAAAUGGAUGAAAAUAGCUUAUACAUUCCAUAUUUUCUGUAUUUUGAUGAUUUCGAAUGUAAUAACCCCCUGGGUAGUCAUGCUGGAGUCCAUUCUAUCGCUGCUACCUAUUACACAUUUCCAACGUUGUCAGCGGAUCAUGCUUCACUAUUAGAAAAUAUAUUUGUUGCAAUGUUGCAUAAAUCAUCUAGCAAAAGUCAUGGAAAUGCUUCAAUUUAUUACGAACUUAUAAAGGAGUUAAAGAGUUUAGAACAAAAUGGCAUAGAUUUAGAAAUCAGUGAAGGUGUUUUUAAAGUAUAUUUUAUACUAGGGAUGAUCAUUGGUGACAAUUUGGGACUAAACACCGUUCUUGGAUUUGCUAAAUCAUUUUCUAGUAACUAUUAUUGUAGAAUAUGUAAGGCUCAUAAAAAUAUAAUGGGAAAACAGUGCAAGCAAGAUGACGGUUUAAUGCGCAAUCGACACAAUUAUAACACUGAUGUCGAAAUUAACAAUGUAACAAUGACAGGAAUAAGUGAACGAUGUGUAUUUAAUGAUAUUAGCACUUUUCAUGUUGUUGAUAAUUUUUGUGUUGACAUUAUGCAUGAUAUAUUUGAAGGUGUUUGCCAUUAUGAUCUGACUCAUAUUAUUGUGUAUUUUACAGAAAGCAUCACAUUGUUCACUUUAAAUAACUUGAAUAAUAGGUUACAAUUAUUUGACUACGGAUCUGGUGAGCUAAAUGAUAGAUGUGGAAUAAUAAAACAUGAACAUUUAAUGAAAAGCAAAUUUAACAUGUCUGCAUCUGAAAUGAUGUUAUUUGUACACAUAUUUCCUUUAUUGGUGGGAGACUUAAUACCUGAAGAUGACGAAGUAUGGCAGUUUUUUAUUACACUGCUAGAAAUUAUUGAUAUUUUACUUUGUAGGGAUAUCGAUAAUAGCACACUGUUGUAUUUAGAAGCCUUAAUAAGCGAACAUCACGAAAGUUAUGUCAAACUGUUUCACGACACCUUAAAACCGAAGCACCAUUUUAUGGUGCAUUAUCCGCAUGUUAUAAAGCAAGAUUCAAUUAUCACUUGCAAGCACACCAGCUGCAUCAAAGAGAAACUGGUUUAUAUAGACUAA